CUGUUUCCUUCCAGGGUCAAUCUGUAAUGCAAUCUCACUGUUUUCAAAUGCCGUCUUUUUUUUCUUUAUGUCUUCUUUACGUCAACAAGCACUUGAUUCUCUAUACAAUGUCCUAAAAAAUCCUGCUCAAUAUGGCGAUAAGUUCCUAGUACAAAUUGUCUCAGCAUCUAAAGACGGUCUUGUUUCUCUUAGCCUAUUAAGAAACAUGGCCACCGUGUUAAACGAAUACCCUCUUGAAUAUCUUGCAUAUUGUAUACCUAUAGACAAACAAGCUCGUUUCUAUUACAACAGUCAUCUCUCCCGAGUAGGCCUUAAAGAACACGCUGAAUAUUUUGAGACAGACCCGUAUGGAUUUGUCAAACAAGAAGGCGUUGAUAAUCAAUAUCUCGAGGUGCAGCCUGUCAUAUUCAAUAAUGGUAGGUUUUACAUUGAUAAUGAGCAUUCUCGAGCUCAAACUCAGGAUGGCAAACAGCUAUAUGAAUAUGAUGUGCUGGAUAUGGAACCAUUAGGGAAGCGACAAUCUGAAAACGACACAUACUUGGUUUAUGAUUCACAAGCGUGUUUUAAUUGUGGAGAGAGUGGUCAUGCAUAUCAGCAUUGUCCUUUACCUAAAGACAAUGCCAGGAUAGCAAAAAAGAGGCGUGAACAUGUGUCAGUACCUCCAAAAGAUCUUGCUAAAGAACAUGGCUUCAAGCCAGGUCAAUUGUCUGAAAAACUCAAGGAAGCGUUGGGCAUAAAGGACAACAAUCAAGAACCUCCGUAUUAUAAGCAUAUGCGCUACUUUGGAUUUCCACCUGGCUAUUUAACAAGAGAACCAGAAAUACUAAAAAUAUAUGAUGGUGAUGGCAAUGAAGUGAGGAAUGAUGAAGAAGGCUUCAUACCGAAGGAAGAACUAAUAGAAUACCCUGGACUCAAUAUUCAUGAUGAUUCAGGCCAAGUAGAAUACAAUCAACAGUUGAAAGAAUGGGAGACAUAUCAGCAGAAACAAUGGGAAGAAUAUCAGAAUUGGCUGUAUUAUUAUCCAUAUUCGCAAGACACACAAUCCACGCAGAAACCACAGCUUACAAGUGAUGAUCAUAGUGUAGAUAUGGACAUUUCAUCUGAAGAUGAAGACUAGUGUUCUAAAUAAAUACAUCUUUUAAUGAGAGGCGUGACGGCAUCUCUUUUAUAUAAGUCAGCCGUUUGAUGGGCAAUAAGCACCCAAAACGAGUCACGAUGAACAAAC